UCUGUGUUCAUUUCAGACUCACUCAGAAUCAGAUCAUCACAAAUAUCCUCCUGGAGCUAAUACCUGAGGGAAACCUGAAUUUCGGACAGGUAAUCCGGACAGCAGCUCUUCAACCUGCUAGACGUGAGAAACAGAAAUGUCCAGUCCACUAGAGCGGGUUGUAGCCCAGAAGAAGGCGGCCAUUGAAGCAGUAAUGGAGAUGUUUGAGAGAGGAGCCGAGGUGCUGGCCAGCGCUGUUGGGGAGCUGUGUCCUCUUUUUGAAGCUUCUGCUCCAGUUUUGAGGCUGGUCUUGGACAACGUGGAAAGCAAGGAGGUCACGUAUGUCAAAGAUCAGUUUCUAGUUGUGAGGAGCAAAUUGGAUGUCCUCUCAUCUGAAAUAGAGGACAUCAACUGCGAGAUUAAAAAGGGACGGUUGGAUUCUCAGUUCUUCACUGUGGAGGAAAAUAUAUGCAGCCAGUUUAGAAAAUACAUAGACAUUCUGGAGGCUAAACCUGAGUAUAAAGAGGUCAGAAAACGCUUGUUCUUGCAGCAUUUCCCCAAAACAAGAGGAGAGAAGAAUCUCUACAUGCUUUAUGAUGCUGUGAUGGGGAACAGCACAUUUGGGGAGCCAAUCCUGGAUGUUGUGGAACAAUACGAGGCCAGAAACAGAAGGGUCCUGGAAGACUUCUGCGUCAGGCUGAAGGAGCUGCUCUGUUUGGGAAUCAUCACUUUGCUGGGAUAUUGUUUCCUUACUCAGGGUGAGGAAUCAGAGCAGGAGAAGAUUCAAGAGUGGAGCACGAAGAUCCAAGAAAUUGAGACCAAAAUGAAGGAAACAAUAGAGAAAUGUGUGGAUUCGUUUCCAGAGCAAGCUGAACUGGACAUCAAGAGGCUUGUGAAGGAGAAAGAAGAUGGGAACCUUCAGGAAACGGCCCAGGAACUGCUGGACUUCCUGGUGAAGAAGUACGACUGGGUGAGCUGGUCCAUCAGAGUCAUUAGUAACUUGGGCAAAAUUAGCAACUUGAGAGCUGGACAAAACUUUCAGUGUGUGGCCGGACAGAAUUAUUUUGAAGUAUCUCAAGGAAAUGACACCAACCUGGUGAUCUCGUUCAGCAGCAACCCUCAGCCUGUGCCCAACGAGAGCGUAAAACAGACGAUAGAAGGUCCUGCGAGGAAGAGAGACGCCAAAGCUGCUGUGGAGCUUCUGGAGAAGCAGUUAGCUGGGUUUCUGGUUCAUGCCAUCAGUAGACACAAGGACAGCUUUACUCUGUCGAGUUUUCCUGAGGAAUGUCACUACUGGGAGAAACAUAAGUACAUGAAUGUGUGUGUGCAUUCAGAGUAGAUUUAAAUGGUUAAACAGGAUCGUUAUUACACUUAAUAUAUAAAUCUACUAUAACU